AUGGGCGAACCUCAACAGAAAUCUUUUGGCUACAAAUGGCGCUCUUCCAAAUGGUUUAUUAUUUCUACCGUCACUCUCGCCUUAUUUGGUGAAGUCUUCCUAUACGCAUUCAUUGUCCCUAUUUUAGACUACAUGCUACAGACUCGCCUGCAUAUCGAUCGCUCUAAGACUCAGAAGGUUACCUCUACGGUACUCGGCCUCCAUGGCGCUAUUUCUGUCGUCGCUGGGCCCAUCAUCGGCCAUUUCGCCGAUAAAACCCCAAACCGCAAGACGCCGUUGUUACUAUCUCUUAUAGCCUGUAUCAUAGGCACUGUCAUGAUAGCCAGCACCCAUUCGAUUCCGAUCCUCUUAAUAGGCCGCGUCCUGCAGGCAGUCGCGGGAUCCGCUGUGUGGAUCAUCGGCUAUGCAACCAUCGCAGAUACCGCGGAUCAGGAGAAUAUCGGCACGAUAAUGGGGGUUGCAAUGUCCUUUGUCAACUUGGGAGUCAUCGGCGGGCCUAUAGUCUCCGGGUUGCUACUGGAAGUAGCGGGAUAUUGGAUAACUUGGAUGGUGCCGCUCCUCAUUUUGGUUAUCGAUCUUGUCGCGCGCCUUUUGAUGAUUGAGAGUCCGUUGAAAAGUUUCUCUCAGCUUGACACAAAGUCAACAAAGUUACGACAGACGGUAGACAUAACAGAGACUACGGGCCUGUUGCCCCCGCAUGACGAUCCUCAAGAUCCACCUAUAGCUGCAGGUGGCUUUUGGCGCAUUAUGGUGUGCGAUACUCGCGUCUUGACCGUUCUGGUCAUCCAGGUAUUGAGCAUAGCGGUGGGAACGUGCUUCAACGCGACUAUUCCACUUCACGUACAGGAAACCUUUGGAUGGGGUCCUAGCAAGAUUGGAUUCCUAUUCUCCUGCUUGAUCCUGCCCAGUAUCCUGGUCGGUCCCCUCGCAGGGUGGAUACGAGACCGUGUCGGAACGCGAUAUCCAGCCGCAAUUUCUUUGAUUAUUCAGGCGGCGGUGUUGGUGCUAUUGGGUAUUGCUGGAAACAAACGGAUCUCUUGGGCGAGGGCUCAGAACUACGGCGGAACACUUUACAUAGCAUCUAUCGUGGCUAUGGGUGCAUUGCGUCCUUUCACAGCUGGUCUAGGGCCUAUUGAGUUGACUGCUGCUGUCAAGGCACACCAAGAAAGGACACCAGGUAUAUUCGGGCCCGAGGGAGGACUCUCCCGGGUUUUUGCUAUGAUGGAGGUUGCUGCUUCCAUUGGGAUGACGAUUGGUCCAAUUGUGGGUGGUUCGCUCAAAGAACUACUUGGCUACGAUUAUAUGAGUUGGACUUGGAGUAAGCGGUACACCCUUCUUUUUCUUGUGAAAGUACUAAUAAUGGUAGGUCUACUUUAUCUUUUCCUUAGUGGGCUUGUAAUGUGUUUCUUAGGGUCCGAGCACAGUGAAAUGCCCCCUGCUGAUGGAGAGUGCUAG